AUGCUUUCAGGUCAAUUUUACACAUUUUCUACGGGUACAUUAAUUGGAAAAGAAAAAUUAGCAUUUAAUUAUACUCAAACAAUUCAAUGUACACCUAAAAAACUAUAUCCUAUAACAAUUCCACCACCUGUACAUUAUCUUAAACAGUUGUAUACAUCACCAAUUUAUGAUAAAAAUGAAGAACAACUUGAAUUGUUUACUGGUACAAUUUCCGAAUUGAAAGAAAGUACAAUAUGUCCUAAUGGUUUUGAACGUAACGGUUCAUUUUGUCAAGAGUGUGAAAAUUGUCGACCAAAUACAUGUGAAAUAGGAUAUCGAAGAAAUUACAGAUCAGGGCUAUGUGAAGAUAUUGAUGAAUGUAUUGAAAAUGCAAAUAUUUGUCAGUAUAUGUGUGAAAAUCAACUUGGAUCUUAUCGAUGUUUUUGUCCAAUUGGAUUUAAAAUAAACAAUUCAAGUCAAUGUCAAGAUGUCAAUGAAUGUCGUCAAUUUCAAAUUGACUGUGGUCAAGAUCGUACAUGUUUUAAUACACAAGGUGCUUAUGAAUGUAUAGAUAUUCCAUGUCCUGUUGGUUAUAUUCGACAAAAUGAAAGUGAUUGUUUAUUAAAAUGUUAUCAACGUUCACCGACAUGUUCUCCUCGUCGAGCUAUAUAUAUAUAUUAUAGAUUUUUUGCUUUACCACGUUUAACAGCAUCAAAUCAAAUCUUAUAUCAUUUACCUAUGACUCAUCAAAAUAAAAGUUCAAUAAAAAUAAUUGAUAAAAAUAAUUUCAAUAUAUCUUUUCCUUUUAUACUCGAUGGAUUUAAUCUUAAAACAAAUCGAACAUUAAUUGAAUCAAAUGAAUAUGAAUUUGAAAUACACUUAUAUAAUAAUGAAUUCAAUGGUAAAUAUUUAUCUCAUUAUCGACAUCAUCGUCGUCGUCGAUUACAUACAAUAUUUGUAAUACAAAUAAAUGUUUCUCCAUUUCAUUUUUGA